AUGUCGAAGAAGGAGAUCGAAUUAAAAAAUCACCUAUAUGAUCAAGAUAAACAACACGACCAGGUCUUACCAAUUCGCCGUAAAUCGCUUAUUUGUGCUUAUUUGUGGGCAUUUCCACUUGGAUUGAUUGGCGCGCAUCGAUUCUACUUGGGUCAAUCCUUAAUUGGAGUAGCGUAUUUAUUUUCAGGAGGAUUCUUUGGUCUUGGAUGGUUAUACGAUCUCGUUUUUAUGUCUAAUCUGGUGGAGAAAGUCAAUGAUUGCCGCGCUAAUCCAUCAUCUCGAAAAAUUUAUAACCUGGCUGAUGCUUACAUACUUUGUUUAGGCCCUGCGGGUAUAUGUUUUGGACUACAUCAGUUCUAUUUAGGAAGGAAAGGAUUCGGAACCGCAUAUUCUUUCACCUGCGGCAUGUUUGGAAUUGGCUGGCUUUAUGAUAUUUUUAGAAUGCCUAAAUUAGUGGCAGAUGCCAACGAGCGAGCAAUCGAGCUAGAAAAAUGCCCCGAAGCUAUUCAUAAAAAGCAAAUUAAACAUUUAGAUGAUGCUUAUCUUACCUGGGUGUUGGGAAUUUUAGGUGCUCAUCAUUUCUACUUGGGUGACACUUUUUUUGGAAUUGCCUAUUUAUGCACCUUUGGCAUGGGAGGAGUUGGUUGGCUAGUGGAUUUUUUCCGUAUGCCAAUACUAGUCAAAAGGGCAAAUGAUGAAAAUCCUAGCCCCGAAAAAAAGUUAGACGACGCUUACAUUUUGACAUUCCCGUUCGGAAUGUUGGGUUUGCAGCACUUCUAUUUAGGAAGACCACUUUGGGGAACAAUCUACUCGAUUACAUUUGGCUUGUUUUCGUUUGGAUUUUUAAUCGAUAUUAUCCGCAUGCCCUAUUUGGUUCGUGAAGUUAACGAAGCUAUGCGUGAGCGUCAAAAUUUGCUAGCGGUUGUCAUUGAUGAAAAGAAUCAAUCUUCCAAUGCCACUGGCACUUUAUAUCAGACAGAAUCAAGUACUGACAUCAAGAAAAAACCUAUUGAUGACAACGCCGCUUCUACCCAGCCUCCUCUUAACCUUUAUCCCUCGCUACAAUCUAUGGAAUCGAAGCCUACCGGUCUACCUCCUGCUUACGUACCAAAUUGUUAA